AUGGCGGCACCCGAAACUCCUCUGUGUUACGUGGGUGUCUCUAGACGAUCCGCCGCUUUCAAUCUCAUGAAGCAAAUGGGAUGGGAAGAAGGUGAAGGCCUUGGAAAAGAUAAGCAAGGGAUCAAAGGACAUGUCCGUGUCACCAACAAGCAAGAUACUACUGGUAUUGGAUUAGAGAAGCCAAACCCGUGGGCAUUUGACACUACACAAUUUGAUAACAUACUCAAGCGAUUGAAAGUUCAAGCGCCUGUUUCAAAUGACCCAGAGAGUAACACCGCGGAGGUGGAAACCGAGGCCGAUCAGGCUGUUUCAGUUGAUCCUCCUGUUUCUGUAUCAAGGUCUACUAGACCACAAGGAAGAUACCAGAAAAGAGAGAGGGGAAAGCGCGUCUCUCAAUAUUCCUUAAAGGACCUUGAAGGAAUUCUUGUUAAAAAAGGUGACAUAUCUGAGAAUAUUGACAAUGCUGAGGAUGACUUGGAUUUGUCAAAGACAUCUGAAACUCAAGAUAUUGAAGUUGAAGAAAGCAAAUGUCCUGAUAUCCAUCCAGAGUGGUGGGGCUUAAAGUUUGGGUUUGUCUCUGGUGGAUUACUUGGUGCAACAUCAAAGAAGAGAAAGACCUCUACAUCUGAAAGUGCUAAAGCUGGGAUGGCGAGAACUCCUUUUUUUGAACAAGAUCAAGAAAACCUCUACAACUUAGUCCAAGAUAAAGCCACAACAGGAAAGCAAGGAUUAGGCAACAAAGACAGGCCCAAAAAAGUAGCUGGAUGCUAUUUUGAGGGUAAAAAGACGUCAUUUGGUGAUAGUGAUGAUGAAGAUUCAGGUGACAUAGAUUCUCAGGAAAAUGAAACAGAUGACGAGGUAGAAAAGAUUGUUGAACCCAAAUUGAAGCUGAAGAAGUUGUGUAAACAAAUUUUAAAACAGGUGCCUGGAAAAUCAUUGAAACUGAAACAGCUAAAAGUUCUUAUUGAAGAACAUUCAUCUUCAGUUUUGUCUGGCUAUUCUAAAAAAGAAGCUAUUUCUUACUUGAAGCAAAAGCUGGCAGGUAGUAAGAAUUUCUGUAUUGAAGGGAAAACAGUGAGAUUGGCAUCUAAGAGAAGUUGA